AUGACCAAACUAUCCCUUCUCCUCGGAGCGCUCACAGCAUCGGUCUGUGUUCAAUCCCAUGCUCUUCCUCCUCCUCCCAGUGUCACCCAAGCACCCAACCUUGAAGAUCGAGCUACUACUUGCACCUUCUCUGGUGCCAAUGGAGCAUCUUCGGCAAGCAAGUCGCAGAAGUCAUGCGCUACUAUUGUGCUGUCUAAUGUUGCUGUCCCUUCGGGCGUGACUCUGGAUCUUAGUGACUUGAAUGAUGGCACCACGGUCAUUUUUCAGGGGACGACUACUUGGGGCUACAAGGAGUGGUCUGGCCCUCUGCUCCAAAUCGAGGGCAAUGAUAUCACCAUCCAGGGCGCCAGCGGCUCUGUUCUGGAUGCCCAGGGCUCCCGUUGGUGGGAUGGUGAAGGCAGCAACGGUGGCAAGACGAAGCCAAAGUUCUUUGCUGCCCAUGAUCUAACCUCUUCAUCCAUCACCAACUUGAACAUCAAGAAUACGCCUGUUCAAGCCGUCAGCGUGAAUGGUGUCAACGGACUAACCAUCACGGGAAUGACAAUUGACAACAGUGCUGGCGACAGUGGAGGCGGACACAAUACCGAUGGAUUUGACAUUGGCUCUAGCUCGAAUGUUGUCAUUAGCGGAGCCAAAGUGUACAACCAAGAUGACUGCGUUGCUGUCAACUCUGGAACGAACAUCACAUUCUCUGGGGGUCUUUGCUCUGGUGGGCAUGGAUUGUCAAUCGGUAGCGUCGGCGGCCGAUCUGACAACACCGUUCAAACGGUUACCUUUAGUAACUCGCAGGUUACCAAGUCGGCUAAUGGCAUUCGUAUCAAGGCAUCCGCUGGCGAUACUGGAACAAUCAAGGGAGUGACCUACACAGGUAUUACUCUGUCAUCCAUCACGGGAUAUGGUAUUCUUAUUGAGCAAAACUACGAUGGCGGUGACCUGCACGGAAGCCCCACGAGUGGUAUCCCCAUCACCAACCUCGUACUCCAGAACAUCUCUGGAAGUGGCGGUGUCUUAUCAAGUGCCAACAACAUCGCCAUCGUUUGUGGAAGCGGAGCCUGCUCUAGCUGGACCUGGAGCAACGUCGUCGUCACUGGAGGAAAGAAAUAUGGCAGCUGCCAGAACGUUCCAAGUGUUGCUGCCUGUUAA